AAAGCAAGCAGUCAUAUUUUCUAUCAUCAAGCAAAGCACGGAUUUCCUGGAGUCAUUGAUCAAAAGCGCUGCUUGUCUAUUGGAUCGUCUUCACGAGGAGGAAUGGCUAGGAGUUACUUCAAACAAGAGCAUGAUCUUGAGAAGAGAAGAACUGAGGCUGCUAGGAUUAGAGAAAAAUACCCGGACAGGAUCCCAGUGAUUGUAGAGAAGGCAGAAAGGAGUGACAUCCCCAGUAUUGACAAGAAGAAGUACCUUGUCCCUGCUGACUUGACGGUGGGACAGUUUGUGUAUGUUAUCCGCAAAAGGAUUAAAUUAAGUGCAGAAAAGGCUAUCUUCAUAUUUGUGGACAAUGUCCUUCCACCUACAGGUGCCAUUAUGUCUGCAAUAUAUGAGGAGAAGAAGGAUGAGGAUGGCUUCCUUUAUGUUACAUACAGUGGCGAGAACACCUUUGGGAAUAAGACUUCCUUCUUCCAGUAGCCUCUCGAAACUUACACAUUGUAUAAUAAUCCAUUUGCUUUCAUUGGCUUCUGAUAAUCCCAUCAUCGUAUUCAUCUUAAUCAAGAACACUGCUUGAUGUUAUGUACAGUAUGCAUAUAAAUUCCAGUGGCCUACGUGAUGUUGAAAAAGUUCCCUUUUCAAUCUUCGGACUAUUUUCAACUUGGAGGUCUGGAUAAGGAAGAACAACUGAUCUCUGUUUGUAUAUAUAAUACCACAACUCUAAUAAGCCACUAUUCAUGAGUCAUAAAUAGUAGGGUUCUAUAUAUAA